AUGCAAAAAGUCCCAAUCGCUCUUCUACUCGCAAGUUUGUUCUUGUGUGCACUAUUGGUUCUUGAAUCCUUCGUAUGGGCUCAAGUGUCAUUACAUCAUGUGAAUUCCAAAUUCAAAAAACCAGAUUUUGCUAAAAAGGAAUGUCCUCCAGUUCUUUGCAAGAUGGCCUGUAGACAUGGUUUUAAAGUAUCUGAGAAAACAGGAUGUCCAGUGUGCGCCUGCAAAAAACCAACAAAUUUUGCAUGUCCACAAGUCGCUUGCAUGUUGCAUUGUCCCAAUGGUUACAAAAUGACCAAGACAGGUUGUCCAACAUGUGUUUGCAAAGAUGGACGUGAAGAAGAUAAACCAACACCCAAACCGACACCCAUUCGUUGUGGUACACCUCCACAUGGAUCCGUCAAUCCCAAUGUAUUGACUCCAGAACAACAGGAAACAACAACCACUAACGACAAUCAAAAUGUGUUGUUGAAACAAGCAUGCAAGAGAAAGUGUAAGAAAAUUGCUGGACUGGCAAGAGUUGUGAAUGGACAAUGUGAAUGUAUACCUCGUUCUCAAUUGAUUCGUCCAAAAUGCAAACGAUGUUAUCGAUUCUGUCCAAGUGGUUACAAACCAAGUCAUGGUAUUUGUCCAUCGUGUCAAUGUAAGAAACGUGUCGAACAAGAAAUGGAAUUGACUUGGCAACAUUUCGGUGGAUGGGUUGGAUAUAAAUUUGGAGCUCAAGUCGCGUGUCCAAAGAUGAACUGUGAUACCUCUCAUUGUGAAUUUGGAGUUCGAAAGUUUUUUGGAUGUGAAACCUGUGCUUGUGCCAAGAGACCCUCCACCUAUGCAGAGCUCUUGAAACCUCUUACAUCUCCAUCUGCUGUAACCGCUACAGCUGAACACACUCUUUCCGAUGAUGUGUUUGAUGAGUUUUUGGAAGAAGUGUUGUAA